CGCAGCCGCCUUGUCAUGCUGCCCAAAGUGGAGACGGAGGCCCUGGGACUCGCCCGGUCGAAUGGGGAACAGGGGCAGAUGCCAGAAAACAUGCAAGUGUCUCAGUUUAAAAUGGUGAAUUACUCUUACGAUGAAGACCUUGAGGAACUGUGUCCAGUCUGUGGAGAUAAAGUAUCUGGGUACCAUUAUGGACUUCUCACGUGUGAAAGCUGCAAGGGAUUCUUUAAGCGAACAGUCCAGAAUAACAAAAGGUACACAUGCAUAGAAAAUCAGAAUUGCCAGAUUGACAAAACACAGAGAAAACGAUGCCCUUACUGUCGAUUUCAAAAAUGUCUAAGUGUCGGAAUGAAGUUGGAAGCUGUGCGAGCUGACCGAAUGCGUGGCGGUCGAAACAAGUUUGGACCAAUGUACAAGAGAGACAGGGCACUGAAGCAGCAGAAGAAAGCUCUCAUCCGAGCAAAUGGACUCAAACUGGAAGCAAUGACUCAGGUGAUCCAAGCAAUGCCGACUGACCUGACAAUAUCCUCUGCAAUCCAGAACAUCCAUUCUGCCUCCAAGGGCCUACCUCUGAACCACACUGCCUUGCCUCCUACAGACUAUGACAGAAGUCCCUUUGUAACCUCUCCAAUUAGUAUGACAAUGCCACCCCACGGCAGUUUGCAAGGUUACCAGACCUACAGCCAUUUUCCAAACCGCGCUAUCAAGUCUGAGUACCCUGACCCUUACACUAGUUCACCAGAGUCAAUAAUGGGCUACUCAUACAUGGAUAGUUACCAAACAAGCUCACCAGCAAGUAUUCCACACCUGAUACUGGAACUCCUGAAAUGUGAGCCCGAUGAGCCACAAGUCCAAGCUAAGAUCAUGGCGUAUCUGCAGCAAGAGCAAGCUAACAGAAGCAAACACGAGAAGCUCAACACGUUUGGACUUAUGUGCAAAAUGGCUGACCAAACCCUCUUCUCCAUUGUUGAGUGGGCUAGGAGUAGCAUCUUUUUUAGAGAACUUAAGGUUGAUGACCAAAUGAAGUUGCUUCAGAACUGCUGGAGUGAACUCUUAAUUCUAGAUCACAUUUACCGGCAAGUGGUACACGGGAAAGAAGGCUCCAUCCUGCUGGUUACUGGGCAACAAGUGGAUUAUUCUGUAAUAGCAUCCCAGGCUGGAGCCACCCUCAACAACCUCAUGAGCCACGCACAAGAGCUGGUAGCAAAGCUCCGUUCCCUGCAGUUUGAUCUACGAGAAUUCGUAUGUCUCAAAUUCCUGGUGCUGUUUAGUUUAGAUGUUAAAAACCUUGAGAACUUCCAGCUUGUGGAAGGGGUUCAGGAACAAGUGAAUGCUGCUCUGCUGGACUACACAAUGUGUAAUUACCCGCAGCAAACAGACAAAUUUGGGCAGCUUCUCCUGCGACUCCCAGAAAUCCGGGCCAUCAGUAUGCAGGCCGAAGAAUACCUCUACUACAAACACCUGAACGGGGAUGUGCCAUGUAAUAACCUGCUCAUUGAAAUGCUGCAUGCAAAGAGAGCCUAAAUUAUACCCAUUACAGCUUCUGCUUUCAAGGAAGAAAAAAAAAUAAAUUAAAAAAAAGAAGAAAAAAAAAAUCCCAACAUACUCUGAACUGCUCCAAGCAACACUAAUUAAACCGUGGUUUUAAGACUUUGCAAAAUGGUAUAAUAAUCAAAUACUAAUAGUAAAUAAGUGAUGCAUCAGGGUAUUUGUAUUGCAAACUGUGAAUCGUAUGCUACACAGCCCCAAAGGAAUCUACGUGGCGCUUCACGCUGGAGGGAAGUGAACUGAAGUAAGUGGAUCAGCGUGAGGAAGGACAGGAUGAUACUUGUAUAUUUAACUCUGCUGGUUGCCAAUAUGAAGAAACUUAGGAGAAACAAAAAACCUGAUCCAUAUUACCAGGCUAGGACAGUGGGGAAUUUUGCGUGCACUGAAUUCCUUUCGCCGCAUAGCAAGACUUUUAAAACAGUUAUAACAGAUGCAAAACUGCAUCUGUAGCAUCUUCUAUCAUCCUUUCAAGGACCCAACGCUUACUACUUCUGUGAUAAAAGAUGUGGCAUCCGUUCAACAAUCUGUAAGAGAGAGCUGUCACAGGCCACGUGCUGUGUAGUCUCAGCACCAAACCCUAAGAGGCUGGUUUUGUCUCUCAGGCCUGCAAAGAGCUAGUAUGAAGAGUCUGUUAUCCAGUUAGCUUGGCAUUCUUUCUAUGUCCCAAAGGUCGUUUUGUCACGUGCUCAUCUUGUUCUAUCAGGCAGUACCCCUCUUUUACUACUGUUAUUGGAGAGCUAUUAAAUAGCUAAGGUAAAUAUUCCAAACCAAAAUUAGCCAAUUCGACUACAUACCUAAGUAGGGCAGAGGCUACAAGGUGGCUCUGCUGUGUGUUCAUGGCCAUCUCCAAAUAAUGGAGACAUAUUAGCUCUCAGAAACAACGGCUUCUUUGACCAAGACAACCAAUACUGAUGUUACAACACUAAAACGGAACUAAAAUCCAAAAUGCACUUAAUGAUGCAAGAAGAGACAAACUACUUGUAUGACACAAUGAUGCCAGGGAGCUUAUUAAGACAUUAUCUUUCAAACAGCCAGCAGAUAAACCCCCUGAGUUUUAAGUCAAACAUUCAAUAUUGAAUUAAACUUUGUUUUUUUCCUUUUUGAAAUUAGUUAAUACAGAUCUGUCAUGCAAAGAGCGAUACUGCUGCUACGUCUGUGUAGGCCAAAGUCUGCUGCAGAACAAAUAAUUAGAGAAGAACAAACAAUUCUCUCUCUCUGUCCAGAUGAAGAUAUCAGUAUUAACAUGUAGUGCCACGGUUAUUAAGUCUUGCCUUAUUUCAUUACACUUAACGGUAACUGCGCAAGUGUGGAUCAACAUAGGUUUAAAAUAAAGUAUUAAUCUUUAACAUUAACAAAACAAAAAAGCAUAGUGUUUACAUUCUUUAGGUCCUGUGGGGGGAAAAAACUGUGAUAAAAUUGCAGAGCAGUGAUUUCCUUGUUGUUUCUUUUAAAUUGGUAAUUAUUUUACCAGUACUUAAUUACUGUAUGUCGUGAGACACUAAAAUCAAUAGGGUUGUUUCAUUUUUGACUUUUAAUUUUUGAGAUUAUCAGC